GCCUGAAAUGCCAGAUCGGACUCCGCCAUCGCGUCUUUCUGGCCCUUUUCGUGUCCCUAAUUUCUAAUUAUAUGCACCAUCAGGACACCUUCAAUAUCGACUCGUCUGCUCCUUUUGACUCUUUUGAAUUCCUGAGUAAUUUCUACCCUACGACUCUUUACACCUCGGAGGCUCAUACCAGCCCAGAACAUCAUUCGUCAUGGUCUACUCAACCACUCUCCAGAGCAAGUUCGCUCACAAGGUCGGCGAGCCUGUCCCUGAAUUCAACUCCGAUCAUCCUAUCCACCCAGCCCUGGUGCACUUCCCCAUCGCCUUCAACAUCCUCGCAUGGAGUCUUGACAUCCUCUAUGCCCUGACCUCCGUCUGGGUCCGCCCUGCCUUCCUUACUACCCGCUUCGGCUCGACCUCGACAUUGCUCGACAUCUCCCGUCUAUCCUACUUUCUUCUAUGCGCAGGCCUCAUCAGCACAGUCCCUGCCAUCAUGUCUGGCAACAUCCAACUCGUCGGCAUGAUCAAGAAGAAUGGCGGCCCCUGGGAAAAGGACGCUACGGGAAAAGCAAAGGACACAAUGGUACCUCGUAUCAAGGCUGCCAUCACCCACGCCAUCAUCAAUGAUAUCGUCUUCGUGGUCGGCCUGUACAGCUGGUACCUGCGCAAGGACAAGACUGCCGCGCCCAACCCUGGCAAGAUACCCACCAACACAAACUUGAUCCUCAGCAUGGUCUUGAUUCCCCUGCUGUUCUCAUCUGCAAAGAUUGGCGGCGUGCUUGUGUACAACCAUGGUGUCGGCCUGAACUUGGGCAGGAAGAAGUUUGAGUAGACUCCAGAAGGAGGCUGGCUUCAAGUCACGAUAGCGAGACGGAAUCAAGUGCCUGGCGCUCGGCAGGGUGCUGGGGCGCCCAGUGUGAUGCACGCUCUAAGACUAUGCGGCACAGCAGGGUGUGCUAUGGUGGCGAAAAAUCAUAAUUUGCUUGAGGAGGGGCGCGAUAAACUGGUGUCUGAGCCCAUUGGCGGCAUAGUCGACGGCUGGCCAUGUCAGGUGAAGGAAAGCAGUGCUUCAGAUGACUACAUUUGUGGAAUCGUUCAGACUAAGACCAAACGGAGCGCCUAUUUCCUUAUAUUUGUGCGAUAUGUCAUACUGCAGAACUGACCU